GGGCAGUGUCGGUGACGUAGCAGAAAGAAGGCGGGGCUGCAUCAGGAAGUAAAUGGCGUUUGUGUUGUUUAAAUGUUUCUGCCUCUGAGACAUCAAGCGGUCUUAUCGAUGAUUUUGCCGGAUAUUAAUUAUCUGUAAAUAAGCGGAUCAUUAGGAGAUUGUGACCAGUUUCCAGUCGACCCUCCUUCAGCGCUGCUCUGUAUACUGUGCACAGGAGAGUGUACACACAGGCGGGCGAAGGGGCAGCACCAUGCCGGAGUACAGUGAUGUGAGUCUGACUCCGGAGGAGCGGGUCCGAGCCCUCACGGAGAUGGGAAGCUCUGUGCCAGUCCAUGAAGACGUGCCCCCUCGCAGAUACUUCCGCUCGGGCAUGGAGAUCAUCCGCAUGGCCAACAUCUACACCGAGGAGGGGAACACGGAGCACGCCUUCAUCCUCUACAACAAGUACAUCACGCUCUUCAUUGAAAAGCUUCCCAAACAUCGGGAUUACAAAACCGCCAACAUUCCUGAAAAAAAGGAGACCAUGAAGAAGCUGAAAGAGAUUGCGUUCCCUCAGGCUGAGGAGCUGAAGAAAGAGCUGCUGAAGAGAUACGUAAAGGAGCACGCGGAGUACCUGGAGAGGAAGAACGCGGAGGCGGCCCAGCUGGCACGGGAGCUGUCCCGUCAGAAGGAGCUGGAGACGGAGAGGCAGCGCGUGGAGGAGCAGCGGCGCAGGCAGCAGGAGCAGGAGCAGUUCAGUGCCUUCGAGGAGAUGAUCCGCAGGCAGGAGCUGGAGAAGGAGAGGCUGAGGAUCCAGCAAGAGUUCAGCACCGCCCCUCCCUCCGAGACCCCCCUCCUCCCCGGAAUACAGGGCCCUCCACUGCCCCCCGCUGCAGCCCCCGCCCCGCCUCCGAGCACGGGGGGAACAGCCACACACCCCCCCGGACCCACGCCCUCCGUCGACCGCUCGCUCAAACCGGGCUCGCUCGUCAGCCCUGGGAGAAGUGUGAUGGUGGAGGGGCUGCAGCCCCUGGUGGUUCCCCGGGAGCUGUGCAGCAAGUUCCUAAAGCUGGCUGAGGCCAACACUGCCCGGGCCGUGGAGACGUGCGGCAUUCUCUGUGGAAAACUGACGCGCAGCGAGUUCACUCUGACCCACGUGAUCGUGCCGAAGCAGAGGGGCGGGCCGGAUUCCUGCGACACAGAGAACGAGGAGGAACUCUUCAUCAUCCAGGACCAGCUCAGCCUCAUCACUCUGGGCUGGAUUCACACACACCCGACCCAGACCGCCUUCUUGUCCAGCGUGGACAUGCACACACACUGCUCCUACCAGAUGAUGCUGCCCGAGUCCAUCGCCAUCGUCUGCUCGCCCAAAUUCAACGAGACUGGCUACUUCAAACUGACUGAGCACGGUAUGGAGGAGAUCUCAUCCUGCAAACAGAAGGGCUUUCACCCGCACCCCAAGGAGCCCCCACUCUUCACUUCUUGCGGGCACGUCACCAUCAGUGACAGCAGUGUGACGGUGAUGGACCUGCGAUGAUCCGCCCCCUCUGUUUCCUGUGAAAAUCGCCAAGUAACUUCUGAGAGGUGUUGAGGAGGAGCGGCUUUUGAAAGAGCAGACCCUGUGACAGCAGCCUACAGUAACAGAGCCUCACAUUAACAACCAUCUUUUUAUAUAGAAUGCCUUCUCCAGUUGUCUUAAAGCACUUUGCAUAAUUUAUCCCGACUAAAGGACGGGACUCCCAUAUUUGGAUUACUCUGCGCUUUCAACAGAACUCUAGACCAUUCUAGUAGUAAAGAUAACUCCAGUCAAAACUGCAUUCCAGUAAGGGAAUGUCACAUGCUAAUGUUUAUAUGCCCAUUUGUAUUUAUUUCUCAGUAUAAGACACUGAAACUAUAAUAACCUAGGAAGGUGUUUCUGUGGCUUAGUGCUGAAAGAGUUAUCAUUGUAAUCUCUAUCUGUGCCAGACCCACUUACUCUUCAGCUCUGGCCAAAAGUUUUGCAUCACCCUCUGUAUAGAAUGAACAGAUUCUGCUUCAUAAAGUUGAAUGAAACCUGCUGAAUAAUGUUCUGUUAACAUAUUGAAUUACACACCAGCGCUUUGGAGUGUUCCCAUACAAAAUAAUUAAUUGAUUGAUUGAUUGUUUGAUUGGUUAAUUAAUUAAUUGGUUGAUUGAUUGAUUGAUUGAUUGAUUGAUUGGUUGAUUGAUUGAUUGAUUGAUUGAUUGAUCAAUAAUGCUGUGCUUCUAUUACGGCUUCCGGUAGACUCUUACGAUAUCAUUUUGUAGUUUGAAUACAUGAUGUUAAAUAAAAUUAAAUCUUAUUUUGUCUCAAUCCUAACAUUCUAGGUGAUGCAAUGCUUUUGGCCAGAGCUGUACAACCAUAUACAUAUAGAUAGAUAGAUAGAUAGAUAGACAGAGUGGAAAGAUCACACUGUGAUAGGACUUGAAUGGGAUGAAGGCUCUUCAGUCCUGGCAGUUAGGAUUCCCCAGACAAGCUGAAAGCCAGUUCACAGCCGGGUAAAGACAGAUUUAGAGUAAAAACGAUCAUUCGGUAUUGUAACCGCAGACUAAAUUCAGAAUGAUAUAGAAACAUCAUAAAACAGUAAGAGAAAUGUGAAGAAAAAAAAAAAAAUAACUUAAAUGAUAGGGUUUUUUGAUUUUAUUCUUAUUAUUUUAUUAUUAUUUUAACUUUUGUUUAAAGUUACCCCUUCUAAAGGAAUGUUAUAGUCUUUAUUUUUAAAGGAAUGUCUGAGAAGAAUGGCAGCACUGUGCAUCCACUAGAGGGCAGUAAGGAAUUGAGCACAGUGCCUCUCUGCAUCCAGCACUACAUAUCUCAUUAAAAAUCAACAGAAGAGGUAGACCCGUUCUGGAUCCCUGAUCUCUCACUGGUGUUGAGGAUAAUCGGUCAGAAAAACAGACCGUCGCAGAGCCUUUAAAAAUGCGUUUGUUGUUUUUCGAAAAUCAUGAUGUUUGCUUGCUUGUUUUGGGAGAAUAUACUUUGUAAACAUUG